UCGUUCGCAAAGAAGAUUCCGAUGCUGAUGAAAGCGACCUCAGACGACGAUAAUCCAACAUCUGGCUACAUAUACCAAGAAGUCAACAGUAUCUUUCCCGCUUAACUUGAAAAUUUAGUUUGAAAAGUAUCUUGAAUUAGAAUUCAUUUACUCACAUGCCUAAUUUGUAACAAGCCUGCAUAGUUCUUACCCUGGUCCCAGAGGAUUUUCUUGAUUUUUCUUCUUUUCGCGAAGCGGCGAACACGAGUCGUGAAUUGGCAAGAAAGAAAAACCUCAGGUUACCUUGGACUUGAAUCUCACUUUCAUGCAGACGCCAGCUGUCAAACGCAUCAAAUUGAUAAUUACAAAAGGGACCAAUGGCAACUUAGCAAUCACAUGCUUUCAGCCGCUAGCAAUGAUAGUGGUUGCAGAUUUUUGUUGGGGAUAUUUGCUUUGUCAACUGUAAUUCCUUAAAAUUUUGGCACACAUUUAGUGUGAGCUUCAAAUUGGCUGAAAUAUAAAAAAUUGUCGAAGGUAACCUCUUACUUAAGCUUAACUUGACUCAUGACUUUGAGUGCUCAACUGUGGCUCCCACUGCAUGAAGUGACUAGGAGCAUUGCUACACACCCUGGAUAAGAUGCCAGUCCAUUACAGGCAUUCUGUCUGGUUCUAACAAUUUGCUAGUACCUAGUACUCCUGCAUGGAGAGAGGUACUGAGAGUUAAAGAAGAUGGAUCAUGUGUACUAAAGGCAUCCAUGGUCAAGUGUUGAUUACUACCCUCGAUCAAGACUCCAUCGACACCUCAGUUGACACUUGAUCGACGCUCCAUUGAUAUCUUGGUUUAGAGUAGACCAAAUUUUUGAUCGAUUCGUAUAAGUUGGUCGACACUCGGCUAACUAUUGACUGACUGUUGAUCAAGGCUGAUAGAGUGUCAACCAAGUAUCGAUCUUGAUGUUGAUCAAGUAUUGAUUGAGAUGUCAGUUGGGGGUAUCGAUCAAGAGAGAAUCGAGCGACACUCUGUCAUGAAUGCCUUUAGUACACACAAUCCAAGUAGCUUGCCUAACAAUGCAACACAAUGAUGUCAGCCAGCGUUCAAACUCAGGCCACUAGAUCUGGAGUCCAGCAGUGGAACACAUGAGUAAUGUUGGCAGAUUGAAAAAACAAUCUCCACAUAUCAAAUACAAGGUUCUUAAAAUCCUGUGCUACGUAGGAAGCAAUGGCCAUUCUGAGUUCAGAAGUGCACUUCGACACCAAGCGGGCAUUGUUAGAGAAGCUGAAAGUUUUACUGGUCAAAUGGAUUAUCUAAGAGGUGAUGCCCUUAAUCAGCGAGUGAGAGCUGCAGCGUCAGAAUUGAUUGAACUUCUCUUCAAUGUUGAGAACACUGGAUCAACAACCAUGCAUGCGAUGACAGGACCAACUGGAAAGAAGAUGGAAGGAUUUGGAAAUUCACCUUCACAACCAGCAAAGAAUAAAACAUGGCUAGACUCUGUAAAAAACCUAGCAGAACGUUUUCCAGAUACAGCUAGUCGUUUGACGUCCAAGAAUGAGAAAGAAUACAUGCCAACAACUGGUGGAUCAGGCAUUACAUUUGUGAACUACUCUGAGUCUUCAAAUGUUGAUUCAGGUUUUAAGACAUUUCUGGAUGGUGAAGACUCUGAUCAGUCAGCAGAGGACCAAGAAGCAGGUGAACCAGAAAACACGUUGUCUGUAGAGGGUCAUCUUGUUGACAAUAUCACAUCUGAAGGUGGAAUACGUGCUGUGCCUUCUAAAGAAGCCUUGAACCAGUUCACAAAAAGGUGUUCUACCUUGAAUCUUAAUAAAGUGCUGGAGGCUCUAAACAACAGAUUGUUGGAACCAGUAACAGACGUGCAGUUGAAAUCACUCCAUGUCUUAGAGCAUCUCUUAAAAAGUGAUAUUCCUUGUGUGGCCAGUAGAAUGUCUCAACAUUGCACAAAUCUACAAGAGAUUACAAGAACAGAAAGUGGUAAUGUGCUUUCUAAAGCUAAAAAGAUCAUCUUAUUGAUUAACGUAAAAGUGGAGAAAGAGAAAGUCCAAAAAGACGUUCACACUACAAGAGAGGUGGCCAGCGAGGAUCUUUUAAAUGUGGGUGAUGCUCAAAGUUCCUUUGCACAACAGUUUGCAGUGGAUGACACUCCAACUCUAUUUUCUGGAAUGAGUUUGCACUCGAAGACAGAGAUCACUUCAAGAUCACAACCGUUUGUCUCCAAUACAACUAUUUCUGAGAAAAGACCCUCAGAGGACGUACUUGAUGUUUUUCAGGGACUUGAUCUUUCCAGUAGAAAUCACACGCUAAAAAAUGAGAACAGUUCCAGACAAACGUCCCACAGUUCGAAAUCAGAGUUAGAUGAUUUGUUCUCUGUGACUGCAGAAAAUACAGGACCUACUUUCGUCAGUAAAGGUCAAGAACCCGUCAAGGAUAGCGUGACAGAUCUGUUUGAUCCCUUGUGUAACGACGGUGCGAGUUCUUUUGGAACACAUGUCACGCAGCCUUGCGUAACGUCAACCAUUGAACCAGGAAAUGAACGUUUUUCGGAUUCAAGGACGAACAGUGAAACAGGCCCACAGCUAAUAAGUUAUAGAAACAGUUUGAUUUCUCCUCAAGGCAAUAUCUUACCACCAGUUAGUUCGUCAAAUGAAAAUAGGGUCAACCCAGGUUUAGAUGGCUUACAUGCUCUCAGUAAUUUGAACAGUUUGUCACACAACAGAACUACGGAACCUCAGGUCACGUUGCCAAGGAGUGGUUUACUAAUGGCAAACCAGCAUUCCUCAAAUUUUCCGAACAAUUCUCAUCCAGCACUCCAAUUUUCUGGUUUAAGUGGCUCUUCCACGAUUCCUUUGAGACUUCCGAAACAGCCGAGUCAAAGAACGGACUUCAGUUUUGUGGGGAAAUCUGGCAAGGCCGAUGCGUUCAGUUUUGUCCAAGAUGAAAUGAAGGCGAGAAAGUAGAAAAUUUACGAGACCUUAUAAUAUGUUUUUAAGUCUCUGUGUACAUUGUAACCUUAAAGUAUUACUUUGCCAAGGUACGAAAACACCAAAGAUGAACCGAACCAAGCCGUUGGUCAAUAAAAUUAUAUUUAGAAAAAGGCGUUUAAAAAUAGCUGGCAAGCGCGAUCAGUCUGGAAGAAAAAGGAGUGGUCCAGCUGAAAGAUCUGGACUGCGAGGUUAACUAAUCAUAUUGCAGGAAAAAACAGGAAAAUAAAAGUUCUUACGGCUGGUAACGAUUUCAGCAUUUUCCUGUUCUUUUACUUCAACACUGUGGUAUUCUGUUAAAGAAGUGAAACAAUAAAGAACUGGAGAAGAUAUGCCAA